UCCUCACCUUCCUUCCUCCCUUUCCUUCCCCGCCCGGAGCCAUGUCCUCCGCCGCUCGUUUCGAUUCGUCGGACCGCUCCAGCUGGUACGUGGGCCCGGUGUCCCGGGCGGAGGCGCAGACGCGGCUGCAGGGCCAGCGGCACGGCAUGUUCCUGGUGCGGGACUCGUCCACCUGCCCGGGGGACUACGUCCUGUCGGUGUCCGAGAACUCCCGCGUCUCCCACUACAUCAUCAACUCCCUGCCCAACCGCCGCUUUAAGAUCGGCGACCAGGAGUUCGAGCACCUGCCCGCGCUGCUGGAGUUCUACAAGAUCCACUACCUGGACACCACCACGCUGAUCGAGCCCGCGCCCAGGUAUCCAAGCCCACCGAUGGGAUCUGGGCCUGCCCCUGCCCUGUCCAGUGCAGAUGAAAACGCGGAGUACGUCCGGACUCUCUAUGACUUCCCUGGCAACGAUGCCGAGGAUCUUCCGUUUAAAAAGGGCGAGAUCCUGGUGAUUGUAGAGAAGCCAGAAGAACAGUGGUGGAGUGCCAGAAACAAGGAAGGUCGGAUUGGGAUGAUUCCUGUUCCUUACGUAGAAAAGGUAGUCAGAUCUUCUGUUGGCAAGCAUGGAAACAGGAAUUCCAACAGUUACGGGAUUCCAGAGCCUGCCCAUGCUUACGCUCAGCCUCAGACCGCAACUCCCCUUCCCUCAGUAUCCAGCACGCCUGGAGCAGUGAUCAGCCCUCUGCCAUCCACACAGAAUGGACCAGUCUAUGCCAAAGCUAUCCAAAAGAGAGUACCCUGUGCUUAUGACAAGACUGCGCUGGCAUUAGAGGUUGGAGAUAUUGUGAAGGUCACAAGGAUGAAUAUAAACGGUCAGUGGGAAGGAGAAGUCAACGGUCGAAAAGGGCUCUUCCCCUUCACACAUGUCAAAAUAUUUGACCCUCAAAACCCAGAUGAGAACGAGUGACUCCCUCUGCCCGAUUUACACUGCUGCUUCAUUUUCCUGGCUAUCAUUAGCAUUGUUUGAGGUGGGAAGAUGACUUAAUGGCACAUUGCUAGCAUUGCCCAUUUUCCAGCUUGCUGCAGUUUGACAGUUCUGUUACUAUACAUUUGGAAUACGUACAACUGAAGUCACUGCCUGACCUUCAGACCGUAGUUGCGUCAUCCAGAAUUUAGUUUCACUUCUAAAACUUUAUUGGGCCUUAAGCUGGAGAAGACUGAACCGGAAUAUAGCAGAGAGGUCUGGGAAAAAACCUUUCCCAUUGAGACUUCUGUGGACUUUUUCUGGUUUGCUCUGUAGGAAGAGCCCUAAUCUUAGGUCAAACAUGCAACUUGUCUGUUACUGUCCAACAAAAAGCAACAACAAAAAUGCAAUUUUAGAACUGAAGAAGUUUUAGUUUUGAAGCAACCUGUCCUAAGGUAGUACAUUUUAAAUGAUGGUUUCUGUAAAGGACAAUAAUUGGAGCUUAUGUAUUCUAGGCAGUUGUAUUAGACACUGCUCUUUUCUGUUACUCUUAAGCUUGUUGUUGACCUUCCUGAAACAGUGUGUGUUAAAUGCAAAUAACCAUUGAUUGAGGUGCAUCGAACCUGAUGCAUUUAUUUAUAAGGAAACCUAGGAGGGGUUGAUACUUGUAACUUGGUUUUGACAUAUUUAAUGCAUUUCUGUUGAUUUUUGCAAGUACUAACUGUAGAAAGUGAGCUUUAAGGGGAAACACUUUGGCCUGGUCUGCAUACUGCUCUUAUGCAGUGUUGAAAGUGUGGUUUUACUAAUACAGAAGUGCUUGUCAUCAAGCUGUUACUUGGUAGAUAGGUCAGAUUGCCAUGAGAGGCAGGAGUGGGACAGCAGAACUUGGUAAAUCCUGAUAAAAUCCUCUUAUUUAAACAUUUAAAGACCUUUUAUAUCCAUUUCUCUGCAGGCUCCCUGCUCUCUCCAAAGUUUCCUAGCCAUGCCAGCCCCAGCUCAUAAAGCUCCUUUUCAAACACAUUACCUGUUUACCAGAUGUCUGGAUUGCUGUGCUUCUCUGCCAGAGCUGCUUUCAUCUUCUUUUUCCCCUCCAUUCCUUUUCCUUGCUUGUAUCCCAAGUCCUCUGCAUGCUGCCAUCUUUUUUUUUACCCUUCCUAAGGCAUUGGCUGUGGUUUAUGUGUGACCCAGCUCCCUCCCUCUCCCGUUAUCCUCUAGAAAAUGUCAAUUGGUGCAGCUGCCUGGGUUCCCGUGUGCUGGGGCUGCAGGAGGCACAGAGGAGUGUGGUCAGUGCAGCUCCUCUCUCCUGCUGUCCCCGUCCUGUCCUGCCGGGGUGUGGCUGCAGCAGGGAGCGAGCGCCGCUCCUGCCCCGCCGUGCUGAGCCUCAGCCGGGGGCAGCACAGGAAAGCGCAGGCACAGUGCAGUCCUGGGCCACCUUCUUCAAGUGCGUGCUGUAGGUGAACUGGAAUGCUCUUUUCAAAAUGAUGGAAUGCUGAAUUAACAGGAUACAUGUCUGCAAAGAUACAGCUACAAAACUUCCCUUUUCAGACAGCCUGGGUAAGGCAGAUGUCCAGUGUGGAAGCUGGCAGGAAAACAGCAGCUCCCAUUUUUCAACUUCGGAAGGCUCUUGGUUGUAGCAAAACAAGAAACUUCAAACACCUGCAGAAUGUCAUCAGAUCUUACAAAUGUCUAAUGAUAUAACCAUUGUCUUAAGUUCCAGCAUGUUUUCUUGUUGAUUUGUGUUGCUUGAUCCUAAUAAAAGCACGUUGUUAGUAGUUCAUGUGGGAGUGCCAUGAGAUCCUGAGUUGGAAGGCACUGAAGAACUGCAGAAAUGGCAUUCUCAAGCAGACAUUCAAAAUGCCAGGUUUUAAAGAAGUCUCUCUGUUCAUCUAUUAACUGUUUUCUGUCGUAUUGAUCAAGUGGCUGACAGUCUGGAAGUUCUUGUACAGCAUUUUACUACCAAAUUAACUGUGAAGUAGAGUAGCAUUGACUGAAGUGUUUGGUGCUGUAAUUCUUGACAAUAGGCAUUGACAUUUUGUUUUGCAAAGAAAAGCUAUGCAGUUCUCUUAACUAAAGAAGGUCAUGCUUUUCCUGUGCCCCAACAAUACCUGCACAUUUACUACACAGAUUGUACUACUGAAAGUCAUCUUCUGAAUACAAACUGCACUAACUCAGUCUGCUGCAGAGAAAUCUUAUUUCAGUCCUGACCUAGUUACAGGCAGCUCUUCAGAAGACUGAUUGUAGAAUUCUUCCUUUGCGUGGUAAAUAAAUACUGUGACAUUUGAGAUCUUGAACAUAACUUUUAACCUGUUUUUUUUUACUGAAAUAAACAUCUUGACUCAUCCCCUCAUUGAAUAAUGUCUACGCUUUGAACACAAACGUUGUUUUAGGUUUAAUUAUGUUCCAAUACUGCAGAAAAGCAAAGUAUUUUACCUUCAAAACUAUGCAAAAUUUGUGUGUAGUGGUAUCUGAUGCCAAGACGAGAAUUCUGGAGUUUCUGUGAACCUGGUUUUAGGCGGUGAAUGAGCAGUGUUUCUCCAAGUAGCAGUGAUGUGGUUCAGGUAUGUAAAAUGUGGCUUCAAUGUAGCACACUGACCAGCCUAAGCUGAUUGUAACCUUGCUUCAAAACGUGUCUUGGCUAUUUUACUAUGAGACAAGUAUUUUCAUAUAAAGACUGCUGCCCACUGGCAUUGGAUCAGUGUGUGUUUCUCUUUGAAGGACUCUGGAUUCUCAGUCGCUUGUCGCUUGCUUACACGUGUGCUGUCGUUUUAUGAAACCUCUUGAAUCUGAGUGAUAAUCUAUCAAUGUAAAUGUUCUUGGGCGUGUAAGGUAACCUGACACGAAGCAUGAGAGCCUACAAGUGAUGGCUUCAAUCUAUGCACCAUUAAAGUUGUCCUUGCUUUGGAACUAGGAGCUGGGGUAAUGACCUGGUGCCACAGUCAACGAUCACGAAAGGCUUGGCUUCCUCCUGCUGUGUACAUGUGUAUAUAGACAUUGAAGCCUCUGACCAGUCUGAAAGUUUAAAUGAAAACUGUUUUAAUCAGUGUCCAUCACUGGAUAAGCGCUUAUUUAAUUCAUGAUUGUUUACAAAUUGGGAAAGAAUAAACAAAAGGGAAUAUCCUGUUUGGGUUGAGGCUCUGAAGAGCCUGAGUGUUAUUUUUGUAAAGGGAAAAACAGCAUUCUUUGUGCCAUUUCAUGUGCCUGUAAUUUUUUAUAUUGUAUUAACAUCCUGGGAAUGAGUGGGCUGCCUUUGUUUUCUAGUCCAGUUUUCAAGCAUUUUCCUUGAUACCUGCAUUUGAAAGCGUGACCUGCCUAAAAGACUGCCUUUUGGGACCAGUGAAAGUGUUCCUGUAUAGUUGUCAUUUUCUGUUUAUUUGUGUUAAAGUGUAUUUUGGGACAAGGAUACAAUUAUCACAGUGGGAAAGGUGGCCUUGUAUUUGAGACAGUCUUCACUGUGUAAACUUUUAAACACAAUAUGUAAUUUAAAGACCAUGAUCUUCAGGCAAUAAUAUUAAGUGUAAGCUUUUAAAAUUUAUUUUGGGGAUCAUAGCUUGUUUUAUUUUUUGUGCUAUAAGAUUAACAGUAUUAAAUGAAUUAUAUUCUUAGAAGAUACGGAGUGUCUUUUCUUAAGAUUAGUGCCUUUUUAAUUUCUUACUCCACUUAAUUCAUAGAACUGGUCCCAACAUCAAGCCACUGUGUUUUUUCCCCAAUGCCCUGUUUGUACAGUAUAAAUAAAACUUGCCUCAACUUACA